AUGUGUCCCGAUUAUUUCAGGUACACUUGCGCGCUUAAUCUAGCACUUCAGUUGCACUUGUCGGUUUGGGAUCUUGAGCGAACAGACACAAGUACCACUCCUACCCACAAUGAUGACUUCGAUGGAAUUUCCGACUGGUCUGAAUUGAAUCACGUCCCAUUCGAAGGAGAUUACUUGUCCCUGGACCUCCCCCCAAUCGGUUUGACACGUGAUCUGUGGCUUCGCCUCGUGGAGUGCUGUCGUGGACUUUCUCCUCAUCUCGCUCCGGGCGAGUCAGACUGCAACCAUGUAACAAUUGACACACCUACACUUGGGCAAACAAACGGUGAUUGUGAACAUCCCAUGGUCCCAGUGACCGUUCCCGGCGUGGACAGACUACCGUCCCCAACCUCGAACGGGGAACAUCACUUCACACGAGUUCACGAAUUCUCCGCGAAAGAAGAACAAUUGCGUGCCCAUGCACACGACCUGGCUCAACCAGAGCCGGAGACAGUCCCGGGAGAACCCGGACCGGUCGAGGAGAGAAUAGCAAUGCUCACGAAUUGUCGCCACACUGGACAGGAUUCAACCAAGAUCGCCUCGACGCGGAAAAAUGAAGACUAUUUGCCCGGGAUGUGGUCCGAAAUGACAGCUGCCCCGUUCACAUGGCGCCCCGAAAGACUGGAGGACGGGGUUGUACCGAUGGCUGGUUACAACACAAAUAAUGCCUGGUGUACGGAGACCGAUUGCUCACUGGGGGCUGCUUCCAAAACCCCGGGCGAGACUUGGGAUGGAGGUAAACCGUGUCUGCGGUUGCAUAAUGUGAUUGUUCGCGAUCGGAGAGUCAAAACUGUGAAUGGAGCGAACUGGAAUGUGAAUGGCGAUGAACGUAAAGGUGAUCAGGUGAAUGAACACGAUUCGUCGGAGUGUGACACGGACCAGAACCAUCGUCACCUCGACAUGGGCGGUGAUGAUGACGGCGAUGACGAGGAGGAGGACGAGGAGGAUGGAGAAGAAAAUUCCUCUCAUGAACAGGAACUCCCCUCGACACCUCCAACUUCGAAGUUGGUCAGACGAGUCUCCAUACUUCGUUUGCCUUCUUUGAACACAGACGGGGAACCCGUAAAAAGUCCGCCUAAACGGGUUCGCUUUUCCCUCGGUGCUGCACACCCCAGUCCGGCCCUUGAAGCUGAAUACGGCGGACGAAGUAAUCGUCGGCGCUUGCUUGAUUUCGCACGUCGACGUCAGCUACUCACACGAAUGGGUGGCCCACAUCCGUCUGAUGGACUGGAUAGUCCCUACCACUUUCUCGUCCAGGCGAACAUUUAUCUGCUCCACUGGUUUGCCCGUUGCCUACGCGGUUUCUUCCGCCUGUUGUACAGUCUGUUUUCUGUUCGUUGGAGUCUGUUUCUUUUAAUCCUGGUUGCGUUCUCUUUGCUGAUCGGUUUCAUCAUUUUGUUUUGCUCGUUCACCUUGCAAAUGCCAUGGGAACAAUUGCUAUCCGGGCUGCCAGAUACACAAUCUGCGAAUGAUUCGACUCGUCUGACCUCGGGAUCCGCGACAGCAAUGUCUAGUUCAAAUGAACUAGUCUGUCGGUCCGUGUUUCACUGGCUACGAGACUAUCUACCGAUUCGUCAAAUUAUGCGACUUUUUUGA